AUGGAUUUCGUGAAGAAGUGUAAGAUAGUAUUGAGAAGUAACAAGAGCAUGAAGAAGCAAAAAGAUAAUCCUAAGAAACCACCACAUGGUUGUCUUUGUGUCUAUGUUGGAGCUGAGAGACAGAGAUUCAUAAUAAAGAUCAAAAUAUUGAAUCAUCAUUUGUUCAAGUCACUUCUAGAAGAUGUUGAGAAUGAAUAUGGAUAUGGAAACAAUGGUCCUCUAUGGCUUCCUUGCGACGUUAACAUUUUCUGUGAAGCACUUAUGGAGAUAAAAAGUGCUAUGAGUGACAUGGGUUGCAAUUUUCACACAGUAGCUACUACUCAUUACUUGGAAAUACCAAUGUACCAAGAAUGCCAAAGGUAA